AUGCCACCCACAAAAAGGCAAUCACGUAAGCUACCAGCCAACGGCCCGGCUAGCGGUUCGCGUCCUCGACGUAGUCCUCGUUCGUCGACUAGAAGCAACACGGCAGCCACUCUUAAUGCUGCUCCACUCACAACCGUUGUACCACCGGCAACUCUCACGGCACCGCAGGAAGAAUUGCAAAGGUCCAAUCUCCCAGCGCUGCUCGUACAAUUGCCAGCGACUGUUUAUCCACCGGCUGCUGGUAGCAAUGCGACAAGUCCCAUCUCGUCCAUGACGCCAGAACUGUUUCAGGAGUUGGUUUCGUCG